UGGUUGGCGAUGAAAGAGAGGAGCUCAAAGUCAUUUCCAAACAAAAUCCAAUGGACUAAAAUAUAUGGGUUUGGUUUUCUCAGUCUUCUCCUUUUAGUCUCCCUUCGAAAAGAAGAGUUCCGUAGAGAAGUUUCUUUUGGAUGAGCCGAUGGUACAAUGCGAAUUAUAUAGAGAAGGAAUAAAAGAAUAAAAGGAAGAAAGCGGUUAAAAAUGUCCAGGUCAAUAUAUUGAAGUCAAUCAAUGGCUUCCAAGGGACCAUUCCUACAUGUACCAUCUCCCUACUUUUGAGCAAACAGGGACUUAAUGGCAAUGGCCAAAGGUUCAUCAGUUGGCAUGAAUUCAUCCAAGCAAUCAGGUGUCAUGGGAAUGCUCAGAGAGGCCAUGUACAUCCCUUCAAGAAACAAGAAGCUCAUGCUCCCUGUCAUGCUAGUAGCCUUUCUUCCAAGCUCUCUCCUCUCGAUAGGUAACUAUAUUUCCAUCUAUCCAUUACUCUUAAACUUCAUCAUCAAUCUAUAUCUCCUUAGCAGCAAGGAACCAAGCACCCCACAGUUCUACAAUUUACUCCUCCAAAUUAAAGAGGAUGCCGAGGUUUUUGUGCAUGUUGAUAUAAUCUUCGGAGCAGCUUCAUACAUGGUAUCCUUCUUCUCCAUGAUGAUCAUUGUCUAUUCCUCUGCCGUGAUUUACUCCGGGAAGCAACUGACACCCAAGGAUUUAUUCCAAAAGAUCAAAGGAACAUGGAAGCGUCCUUUUGUGACACGCAUCUACUUCACCCUCUUAUUUGUCGGUUACACAGUAACUUCAGUGUGCUUGAUAGCUAUUCUGAUGCUGAAUGCUCAUGGAUCGAUGGUUUUGAUUGUGCUCGGUGCUCUGCUAGCCUUGUUGGCACGUCUCUUGUACGUCUAUUUGGGUAUGGUAUGGAUGAUGGGGUUGGUGAUCUCAGUAUUGGAAGAUGACUGUUAUGGAAUGGAGGCAUUGGAGAAGGCAGGACAUCUUGUGAAGGGAAGAAGGGCACAGGGGUUUCUCAUUGCUGUCGUCUUUCUAAUGAUUGAUGGUGUUCUCACGGGAGGCUAUGGCUUUGGGAUCACGAGGUUUCAAUCCGAUCUGGUGACUCACCAGGCCACUGGACUAGUUGUGCUCAAUAUACUCUUGCUGUUGAAGAUGUUCUCCCAGAUGGUGUACACAGUGUUCUACUAUGAGUGCAAUAAGAGUCAUGGAAGGGAGAUACAGGUAUCAGGGGACUUCACCUACACAAGGGUGUCUGUUACUUCCAGUGAUGGUGAAGUCCUUCCCUAACAAAGUUAGGGAAUUGUAUUGUUCUUUUCCUUUUUUUCCCAGCUUCUCGUUUGUCCUCAUUUCCCAUGCAUCAAGGGCUAUGGGUUUUUUCACUACUUGA